AUGUUUUAUAAAGAAAACUAUUUCAAGUUUGGAGAUGGUGUAAAAGGAGUUGAUGUUAAUAACAGUGACUGCGUUCUUAAAACUCUGAAAUCUGGAUUCAGUUGCUUUUUGAAUAACACAGGAAUAAUUGUGAGGAUAGACAAAUUACUAGAAGAUAAAUUGUAUCACGUGAUUGCGCAUGUGACUGUUUUAACUGGACCAGAGAAAGCUAAAGUUGAGGAUACCUUAGCAAUAUCAUUCGAUAUUCAAACAAAUCGAGAAAACCAGACAAUACUUUUACCUGAUGGAAUUAUGAAAGACACUUUUAUUAGUAAGGUAGAUUUGGUGUCAUACGAAAUAAGUCCAUUUUUGUUUGGAGAUGUAGGGUACUUUCAUAUGGAUUCAAAUGGAAUUGUGAAAACAAAUUGGACAAUAUCAUUGGACGACCAUGAUCCGAAACUUAUUUCUAAACUAUUUAUCGCAUAUGCUUACACAGACCUUUAUUUGGGGAUUGUAGUCUACAAAAAGGAAUAUGAAAUGGACAUUGUCGAGAACACCAAUGGAACUGUGAUUUGCAUAACUGCUGCGAGUGUCGAUAGUACAAUUGUUCAGACAAAUGACUUUGUUGCAUUACAUUCUAAUGGUUCUGUGGUGGUUCAGAAACCCUUUGAUUAUGAAAUGAACAAAAAAUACAUAUUUACUGUGUUUAGCCAAUACAAUGGACACAACUUUACAACCAAAGUAAUAUUAAAUAUAAUUGAUCAAAAUGACGAAAAGCCUACAUUCACAUCAACCACAUAUAAUUUUAAAGCAGUACAGUCAGAUUUUAAUACUGUGGUUGGUGUAGUUUCAGCCUCAGACCCUGACACAGUCGGAAGUCUCAAAUACAAUAUAACAGGAGAUUCAAGGUUUUCCAUCAGCUCGUCUGGUGUGAUAUCCUUGUUAAACGCAAGGAAAAAUGGUAAUGCAACAAUUACCGUGUCAGAUGGAAAGUUAGAAGAUCAAGCAUCUGUUCACGUUGAAGUCAUUCCAGUUGUCACGAACGACACACACUUGCAAAUAAACCUGACUUGUAAUGUCUUUGAAAACCAAACCAUAGGUACCUAUGUUUGUAAUAUAAGCCAGACUGGUUACACCGAUUACAUAUUCGACUCACCAGACGCACAGAACUUUUUCAAUCUCCAUGCAGAAAAGGGCACCAUUUUAACAAACGUUGUCAUAGACAGAGAAACAAAUCCUUCCUUUAGCUUUUCUGUUUUAGCAAAGGAAGAGGCAAAGUCAUGCAAAUUUGCUAGUAUACAAGUGCAGAUUGAGGUGAAUGAUAUAAAUGAUAAUCCACCGUCAUUGGAAGGCAUAUACUUAGGAUCCAUAACAGAAAAUUCAACAAAAGUAAAGUUGGAGCAUCCCAUCCGUGCCACGGACAAAGAUGAUAAUCCAACGUUCACAUAUAAUAUAUCUGGAGACGUCUUUGCCAUAGACACAAGCACUGGAGAAAUUUCUGCAGUGAAAGUCAUUGACAGAGAAUUAAAAGACACAUAUGACCUUACCCUAUUAGUUUUCGAUGGAAUCCAUGCGACCACUGCAAGCGUUAGAAUUUCAGUAAAUGAUAUAAAUGACAAUCCACCUAUACUUGGAAAUAUGAUGUUUUGGAUUCCAGAGAAUGCAUCAAUAUAUGCCGAAGUUGGUCAAAUUACUGCAACCGAUGCUGAUAUCGAUAAGAAUGCAGAGCUAUCUUAUAGAUGCAAUUCGGAGUUUUUCAAAGUUAAUGUAACUGGCAUGCUGAAAGUGGACCGUGAACUUGACAGAGAAGCAAUUGAUCGCUAUGUGUUUAGCUGCACCGUAUGUGACAAUGGUCAACCUUCACUUUGUGCAGCAUCGCAGAUUGAAGUGAAUGUUACAGAUAUUAACGAAGCACCUCGUACGAAAAACAGUGGAAAGGUAUUUAAGGUGCCAGAAGCGUCAAAUUGUUCAAGUGUUUAUAAUAUGACCUUCUUUUUCGAGGACAAUGAUCUAGGCAGGAAUGGAGAAUUAGAAUUCAGGAUUUUGAGUCACCAUGGUAUAUUUUCCAUUGAUUCAAAAGGAGUACUUUCGUGUCCUUAUUUGGACUAUGAAAACUCAACGGGAAUUUACGAAUUGAAAAUUCAGGCAAUAGACAAAGGAAAUCCCAGAAAUUCAACAAAUAAUACAAUCAAUAUUUUGGUUGAGGAUGUGAACGAUAAUACACCCAUUCCAAGCGAAGACAGGGAUUUCGAAAUUGUAUUUCACAGUGAAGAAUGCAAAUCUGGCAGUUGUUCCAAGCUCGUGGCGCUCAUAACGGCUAGUGAUGCUGAUAGCGGUGAAAAUGCCGAGUUAAUUUUCCAAGAGACUGGUGGCAAUGCUAGUGGAUUUCUGGAAGUGGGGGAAGAUACGGGACUAGUUACAGCUAUAUGGCAACCAAAUAACGGAAUCUAUCAUUAUACAGUACAAAUUUCAGACAAAGGAACUCCGUCACUUAGUGCAACAACCAUCAUUUUACUAAAUGUGACUAUUUUACGGGACACAGGAUCAAAGGUUACCAAGAUUUUCCGCACAGAUAAACUUAUAUAUAACUGGACGGAAAAUGCAGACAUUCCAUUGCCUUUCAUCUUUUUAAAGAACUUUACAACUAAUGCAACAUUACCAGGUGUCAGUUAUCAUACACCUAACUAUAUCCUUGCUGAUUUUUAUCUUAAUGAUACAAACAGUGGGCUUCUUUUUGUUAAUACAACAACACUUAAGAAGAGGCAAGGAAAUUCUGCGACAUCUUUUGACAGAGAAAAACAAACACAAUACCGCUUCAUCGUUCAAGCAAAACUGUCACCCUAUAGCAUGCUUGCUGAAUUAAUUAUAAAUAUUCUCGACGUGAAUGACAAUCCUCCAGAAUUUAUCAGUAAAACACAUCGUGUGGUUCUUAUCAGAGAGAACUCCGGAAAUGGUAUGGUGCUAAGUAUCAAUUUAGAGGCGGAUGACAAAGACGAGGGAGAGAAUGCAGAUAUAGCUUACAGGAUAUCGCAUGAGGGAUGUGGCGGUGUAUUCCACUUAACAAAUUCUAAAGAUAUAACCCUCAACGGAGAACUUGACUAUGAAACGAUACAAUCCUGUUUUUUGACUAUCACGGUCUAUAAUCCCAACAAAGAAGAGAUGAGUUCUUCCAUCAACGUCAGCAUUGAAGUCGAAGAUGUCAAUGAUAAUAUACCAACUUUUAAUGCGUCAAUUUAUCACAUAUCACUCAACGAGUCUGGAACAGAAGAUCUGAACGAAAUGAGGAGAAAGUUUACCGUACCACAGUUUUCGGUCGUUGAUAAAGAUUCCAGACAAUAUGGUACUGAAGGUGUACGGUUAUCGAUUGAAGAACCCUCUCUAUGCCCAGUUUUAGUAGAAAAUGACAGGGUUGACGGAUUUACGCUGACGGUUAAACAGGGCAUGGAGCUGGAUUAUGAAACGAAGAAAAAUUACAAUUGUACAUUGAUAGCAAGAGAUGGAGGUGGUAAUUUCUCGACUGCUCUUUUGAUGGUUGAAAUUCUGGACGUCAAUGACAACGCCCCAGAAUCCGAUGACGUCAUACAGAUUGAAAUCCUACGUUCUGUCAAUAUUAGUCAAGUUAUCGUCGACUUUAUAAAUGCCACUGACAAGGAUAGCGGCGAUAACGCUUUAAUUGGAUUCGCUUUUGCCGACACAAGUGGAGCUUACGAUUACUUUGCAAUCAAUCCCUCAAGCGGAGAAAUUUCUAUUGCAAAAGACUUGUCAGAGCUUCAAGUGGACUUUACUGAGCUUUACGUCAUUGUCAGUGACAAAGGGGAACCACCCUUGUCAACAAAUGUUACGGUCGAAAUAACUAUACAAGAUGAAAAUGAACGUCCGUCUUUCAACCAGACCGUGUAUCAGGUUGAAGUUGAAGAAAACAUGGUGUUAUCAGGGUUGCUUACAUCAGUAACAGCAGAGGACACGAAAAAAGAUGAAAAAGUGAUAUGUAACUGUACCUAUAGUUUCCACCCAAACGAUGAUUCUGCCUCCUACACCAUUGUAACCACUAAAGAAAAAUCUGGUGAAAUAUAUGUAACCUCCCAGAAUCUUCGAUACGAUAGGGAAACUAGAUCAAAGGUCAGUCUGACCGUGAUUGCCGAGGACGAGGGAGGAAAACAAACAAAGGCAGAGGUCCGCAUUAUAGUACUGGAUCAGAAUGACAAUGAUCCCAAAUUUGUGGAGGAUUAUUAUCAGUUUGAAAUUUACCAGGAAGCCUUUGAAGGAACUUAUAUAGGCAAAGUUAUUGCUGUAGACAAAGACGAAGGAGGCAACGCAAUCACUAUGUACAGAAUCACUAGAUAUAACGAUUCCAGCAUUGCGAGCAAUUUCAAUGAUAGCGUGAUUGUUAUAAACGAAACAACUGGGGAGUUGUUCAGUAAUGGAUCUCUGAAUAUUGGCUCCGUCAAAGACUUCGAAGAGAUAGUAAUAAUCGAGGCCUUCGAUAAGAAUGAAUCCCUGCGCACGGACAGAGUACGGGUCUCUAUAAUCGUUAAAUAUAACGAUACAAACCAGAAUCCUCCAGUUUUUCAUCUCAAAGAUUCUGAGCGCUCCAAAACUGUUCCCCUUACAUCACUAAAAGAGGGGUCAUAUAUCUUCAAACUGAAUGCAACUGAUAUAGAUUCGGGAAAAGAUGGUCAAGUCGCCUACAGCAUAUUGGAAGGAAAUGCUUUUGACAUGUUUCACAUAAAUAGUACAGGGGCAAUAUCGCUCAGAAAAAAGGUGACGUUUAUUGAUGAUCAGGUCAUAAACCUGACUGUUCAGGCCAUAGACAAAGGAGUCAAUCCAAAAACAGGCACUGUUAGUCUUUCUUGGACAUUAAAAGGCGAACCUCAGUGUGAGUCUUCUACGACUGGUGCCAGUACGGCAGAAAAACAGUUCCAAACCUACACGUGGUCACUACUUGGUGUCACGUGUCUUCUUAUUCUAACUACUGGCAUUGGUAUUUGUGGAUGGUGUCGCUCCCGACUAAAUGCCAAGAAAGCUCCAGACAUUUAUGAUGACAACAGUGAACAAGGCAGAAGGUUUGGUCUUAAAUUAAAUCCUAGUUAUGGAGCGGGACUACCACAACUAGGUAAAUUCCUGGAUUUGUCAACGAACGACGUCCAGAGACGACGCCACAAUCAGAGACUAGGCAGUUUCGGCUAUGAUAGCAGUACCGAUGAGCCCGUAGAAUUUGACCAAAGGAGGAGUUUCAGAGUUUCCUUGUUUGAUCCAGGACCCUCACCGAACCCUCCACCACUACCAAAACCUAGAAAUCCAGAAGUUCCUUUCAUUCCUAGGCCAGAUUAUGAAUAAAAUUACUUAAUAUUUCAUAUAGUAAAUCAAUUUUUUUAUUCCAAUGACUCAUUUUUAUUUUUAAUUAUUAUGAAUAUACAAAUGUUAUUGGGAUGAAUGAUUUGUUUGCGUCAGGUAUGCUCGUUUUCUUGUAUAUGUGAACAUGAUAUGGUGUGCACGUAUACGGGUAUCAAAUUGUUACAUUUUCAUGGCUAUCAGCAUUAUUAGCGCAUUCAUAUUAGUAGUACACUGCAUUGUUUUUAAACUUAAAUCAAAUAAAAACAAUCUGAAAAUCA